CUAGAAAUGCUUAAAAAUCCACCUUCUCGAGAGAGUCGCGGAUUUUUGGCAAUUUUUUUCCGUCCCACCUAAUCAUCAGUGUUUAUCUUAUCGAUUAUUGGUGGUUUAAAUUUCUCGGAAUUUUUCUUAGUAUUGCCAUUCACCCAAAAUCAAUAUUCUUAUCGCAAGCGACAACAAAUCGUGAGUUUCUUUCGCGAGUCCAAAGGGACUGAAAAAAAGUUUUUGUGCCUCUGACUGGAUGAAAUUUUUCGUUUUCCAUGGAUGGCCUUAACAAUUUCUUUUCAUUAAGCCAUUUUAAUCAGUAGAGAAAGACGUUAAUCGUGAGAUUUUGCCAAAGAAAGUUCUUCGGUUUAUUUUUGGAAAUUAAUUCGCACAAAAAUGGCGAUCAAUUCUAUUAAUACGAAGUUGGAGGAAAUGGGAAAGAUCAUUGAGUACAAUUCACGUCUUCUCACCCAACUAACUCCCUACUGGAACUACAAUCCGAGUUCUCUCCUAGGUAGUCACAUUCAGGCGGAAUUUUCCCAAAUGCGAUCGUGGCUUGAGCAGCUUCAUUGUGAUACUCAAACAGUUCUGCGCGAAAUUCAGGAAAUCAUUGAAAAUUAUAUUGAUUUUCAACGUGGUCGUCAUGUACAAGGGCACGAAUUGAAAGAUACUCAAGGAGUUUGUGAAAUUUUCUUCCAAUAUCUCUCAGAUGUUGACGAUCAGUUCAACCAGUUGCAUAUUAAUCGCAUGACGACGCUGAUGUGCACCCUGGAUAACUUCCCAGAGUACGUCAUCAACACUUGGUGGACGGAUGUUUUGAGAUUCAUGCAGGAAUUGCUGAAGAGCACCCUCAUCUUCGAAGAACAACCACCGACGAUCAUCAGGAAGGAUAAGAAGUUUCAUGCCAAAGUUCGAUGGCUGAUCGGAUCAAAGAUCGAAACUUUUGCAAAUAUUGAUCAACUAACAGGCAUUGCAACUAUUCUCAAUAAUGAAAUGGUGAAAAAUGUAAAGCAAGGAGUAUGCAGCGAACAAUCCGUUAGUAAGAUACAAAACGGAAUGGCAAAAUUUGAAAUAAAUCAAAAUGGAGAAGUCUCUGCGAAGCUUCGUGAAUGCAAAAUAAUGCUCAUAAACAGGAACGGCUCCAAAGAUUCCGACAAGAAGAUUCACGAGAAGUUUGCCGUUCUCUUCCGCACGAGGAUUGUGUGGAAUAAUACUGCGAUCGACAUCCCGCUCCUGUCUCUUCCUCUCUGUCUGGCCACGCAUGUGCAUCAGGAUGAAAAUCUUCAUGCCAUGUUAAUGUGGGAUUAUGCUUUUGCAGCAAAGGACAGACUGGCUUUUGAGGUUCCUGAUACCGUCCAAUGGUUCCAGUUAGCGGAAAUUCUCAGCAGGAUGUGGAACAAUUCCAUCGGCAGUCACCUAACAGAUGCUCAUCUCAAGUAUCUCUAUCACAAAAUCUUCUUCAAUACCAAUCCAGCAGAAGCUGAAGAUCCUGGACAGUUUGUAACUUGGGAUCAAAUUGCAAGAGCUAACCUUCCUGGUCAGAACUUUACUUUCUGGUCGUGGUUCUACGGAGCUAUGAAGCUGAUUGAGGACAAAUUUAAGGAUUACUGGAAUGCAGGAUAUAUUUGCGGAUAUAUUAGCAGGAAUCAAGCCAGGAUACAGCUGGAGAGUCAACCAGCUGGAACAUUUCUUUUUCGCUUCUCCAAUUCCUCAAAUGGAAAGUUAGCAAUCGACGUUAGGACGACUGAUGAUGUCUUGUCCUACGGACCAUUCAAAUUCAAAUCAAUUUCCAGAGAAAUGGGGGAAAGGAGUCUUAAUAAUUUCAUACGUGAUUGUGAAGAAUUAAAUUUCCUCUAUCCGAACUUACCUGUAUCAGAUGUCUUUCCCCGGAGUUUUGCCAGAGUGCGCGGUUAUAGCCUGGGUUAUAGAGACUUCAAAAGGAAUUAUACCUUGAAAUAAUGAACUCCUACACAAAA